CAGCAGCUGAAAGGCAGCCAAGUGCAAAUAGAAGCAGCAACUCUCGAAGAAAGCAAACGAAAACUUGUAAGCAACAGCUAAAGAAACCAAUUUACAUAUUUAAGCUUGUAGCGUCCGGCAGCCCAGCCAGAAGCCAACUGCUGACAAUCGGGCCGCCAGUCAGUCAGUCAGUCAGUCAUUUGAAUCAAUAAGGCAAUACAAAUAGACGGGUCAAGUGCAGUCAGUGAAGCUGCUGCCCGUUGCUGGAUCGAAAUCAAAAAAGCAUUUAGCUUCACACCUCAGUUGGCCGCCAGCAGCUGGAUAGAAUGCGGCUGCCAUAUCGCAAUAAGAAAGUCACCCUUUGGGUGCUAUUUGGCAUAAUUGUCGUCACAAUGUUCCUAUUCAAAUUCACCGAGCUGCGUCCCACCUGUCUAUUCAAGCUGGAUGCCACAAACGAUUUGCCAUCACAAAUGAUGCGUAUGGAGAAAUACGUCACAGAUGACAAUCAACGCUCCUAUUCAUACAACCGUGAGAUGCCAUUAAUAUUCAUAGGUGGCGUGCCCAGGUCUGGCACGACAUUAAUGCGCGCCAUGUUGGAUGCUCAUCCCGAUGUGCGCUGCGGGCAGGAGACGCGCGUCAUUCCGCGCAUUUUGCAGCUGCGCUCGCACUGGCUAAAGUCCGAAAAGGAAUCGCUGCGCCUGCAGGAGGCGGGCAUCACCAAGGAGGUCAUGAACAGUGCCAUAGCGCAAUUCUGCUUGGAAAUCAUUGCGAAACAUGGCGAACCGGCGCCACGCCUAUGUAACAAGGAUCCGCUGACUCUCAAAAUGGGCUCCUAUGUAAUCGAGCUAUUUCCCAAUGCAAAGUUUCUAUUCAUGGUGCGGGACGGACGUGCAACGGUGCAUUCGAUUAUAUCCCGCAAGGUGACAAUCACCGGCUUCGAUCUGAGCAGCUAUCGCCAGUGCAUGCAGAAAUGGAAUCACGCCAUCGAGCUAAUGCACGAGCAGUGCCGCGACAUUGGCAAGGAUCGAUGCAUGAUGGUUUACUAUGAGCAGCUGGUGCUGCAUCCGGAGGAAUGGAUGCGCAAUAUUUUGAAGUUCUUGGACGUGCCGUGGAACAGUGCGGUGCUGCAUCACGAGGAGUUCAUCAACAAGCCGAACGGUGUGCCGCUGUCCAAAGUGGAGCGGUCAUCGGACCAGGUCAUCAAGCCAGUCAAUCUGGAGGCGCUCUCCAAGUGGGUGGGCCAUAUACCCGGCGAUGUGGUGCGCGAUAUGGCUGACAUUGCGCCCAUGCUCUCCGUGCUGGGUUACGAUCCGUAUGCGAAUCCGCCGGACUACGGUAAGCCAGAUGCAUGGGUGCAGGACAAUACAUCUAAGCUAAAAGCCAAUCGAAUGCUAUGGGAAAGUAAAGCCAAGCAAGUUCUGCAGAUGGACUCCAAAUCAGAUGAUAAUAACAACAAUAACAACAUCAACAUCAACAACAACAUCAACAGCAUCAGCAACAACAACAACAACAACCACAACAAUGAUGAGAAUAUUAACAAUAAAAUAAUGACAGAGCAACAGCAACUGUUGCAGGCGGAUCAGGAACUGCAACAGGAGCAAGAGUUGGAGCAGGAGCAAUCACAACUGCUACUGCAGCAGCAUCAACAACAGAAGCCAAAGGAUGUCAUCACGAUAAAGCAGAUGCCGUCAAACUUUAACAGCAACAACAAUAACAACAAUGGCAAGCAAUAUGUCGGUGCAUUGGAGGACACAUGAUAUCCGCAUAUACCCAUAAGAUUGCCACGCGGCAAACAUUGAGACGACGAUGACAACACACACUGACACCAGCAACAACAACAACAACAACAACAACAACAGCAGCAACAAUGCGCAUGGCAACAGACAAGCAUCAAAUGUUGGCAAACCAAUUUCAAAUUGUAUUAUGCUUUGGUAAACGCAUAUGCAUAUGCUGAUAUAUAUACAUAUAUAUAUCUAGAUAUAUAUAUCUAGAUAUCUAGAUAUCUAGAUAUAUGAUACAUGCUUGCCACAGUUGCUCAUGCGCGUGUGUGUGUUAUACGUUUAAUCACUUUAAAGACACAUUUACCGCAUUGAAGACACCAUUUUAUACAUAUACUUAAUAUUGAUGUAAACAUAAGUUAAAGAUGUUUAGUAAAUACCACCAAAAACAAAUAGAAAACGUAAACAAACAAAUUAUAAUAAUAAUAAAUAAAAAUAGAAAUCGUUGCAGGGCGCGCUCACUGCUAAGCUCCUCUUUUAUGUACUAUUCCCACAAUACUGUUAAAAAACA